GACCCCCCUGCUUCUCUUCACCAACGACUUUGUGCACCACCACAAUCAGCAUUCCCAUAACUCGCGUUCCUUCGACUUCUACUUCCAACAUCACUCUCUGUCCUUCACAGCAGCCGGUCUUCCAAAGCGUUCCGAUCCUUGCUUCACGACUGCAUUUCUCGGAAAGUUCGCACGACUAGAAAAAGCAUGAGCUUCGACGCUGGCGGUCUGGCUCAAAUGGCUUACAACCCCAACCCCAACAAUCCCUUUCCUUCCAACGGCUUCAACAACCCUGGUCCUGGCUUUGGUCAUCGUCAGCGUUUCAGCAAUAAGAGGCUGAGCGUUGCUUUGCCUCCCACAAUGAAUCACAUCAGCGAAGACCAGGUGGAUAACCCCACCCCGCGCACCAGCCGCUCGCAUCUCCUGGCUGGCCUGCGCACCCAGCCCAAGACGCCCGCCACUCCAGCUUCCGCUCCCUUCAACCAUACGCAAAUGCAGGGGCUCGGCGCUUCGCAGUGGUCCGAUGCCGGCAACUCCUCUUACGGCCAAGACUACCCUCACAACGCCGCUCCUCGACACGAUCUCGCCAGCCAGUACGGCAUGGCUGCCGGACGCCAGAUGUAUGCUUUGCCGGAGCAAGUGCUUGCCCCGCCAUCGCUCUACGAUCAGACCGAGGAGAUGGACCCUGCCGUUUUGCAGCAAAUGCAGAUGACGAGCUUCUACCUGGCACAGCGUCAACAGCAACUCCAGAUGCAGCUUGCCAACCUCACGGCAUCGGCGCAAGGCAUGAAUCUUAACGGCGGCAUGUCCCACAAUGCAGCACCACAGCAGAACUCGCACAACAUGUACGCCCAGCAACAACACAUUCAAUCGCCUAUCGAAGUACCUGGUCAGCCGGGCGUCUACCUUGUCUACAACCCGCUGACACAGGGGUACAAUUACGUACUCGACACCCAGGCUGCGUCUAACACCUUCCAACCUGCCACGCCAACAGUCAGCGUUACGCCUCCGGGCUUUGACCGACCAGGCGCGACGCGUGCCCGCUCUUACACCCCACCCAAGCUUGCGAAUCCCUACGAGAACGAAGACGUCGAGCCUCUCCCUCCGCCAUCGUCUACCGCAUUCCGACGAGGCCACAAGAAGGCCGCAUCGCUCCUCAUCAACCCGCAAGCCGAAGGUGGUGCCUACGGCGGCGCUAGGACAAGCUCCGCAGCGACGUUUGGGAGCCAGCGCAGCGUCAUGCCCACCCCUCCCAUGACCGGCACAUUUGGACCCGGUGCCGCUCGCGCUGGCGAGCAUCCCAUUCGUCAACCGCGCGGCCCACCUCCACUCGAGGAACUCUCCGCCCUGCCUACGACCAAACAUGAAGGCAGCAAGAAUUUCGCCGCUCGUCAACGCCGCGCCGCCCUUGACAGUCUCGUGCGCGCCGGCACCAGUCGCCGCGGCCUGUCUCGCUCCUCCAAUGGUAGCCCCGUCAGCGAUGCCGGCUUCCAUCUGUCUCUGACCGAGGACGCCGAGGACGACAUCGCCACUGCUUUCCGCGGCUCGGGAAACCGCAAGAUGAGCCCCAUCGGCACGGAGAUGAAGGAGAAGCGCAGCAGCCAGGGCUCCACGGAUGGGUAUUUCGGCCUCAGCUCUGCGUCGAGUAGCAGCGAGGGUGAGGACGUGGGGAUGUACAAGCAGCCGCCGACGCCUGCUACGCCUGGAGGUACCACGGGCGUUGGCAAUGGGAGCGGCAUCUACGGAGCGGAUGGAGCGAGGAAGAUGAUGUAUGUGGCAAACGAGGUGGAUGAUGAAGAGAAAGAGGAAAGGCUACGACCAACCAUGACUGGGAGGAGAUGACCCAAGCAACAGACUGAGUUUCGAUGGCUGCGACUUCCGCGCUUCGCUGUGCGAUUGCUGCGGAGUUGCGCCCUCGAUUGUUCGUGUGCAUACGUUAGCGAGGGGAGGUUUUUUUUCUUCUUCUCGUUGCUUUCAAAACCGAUGGUGCUUGCGCACCGCGACGAUUUGCUUUGUUUUUAUUAACGGCCGAGAUGGGGAUUUGGUUUCUGCCGAGUGGCUGCUGGAGAGCGUGGCACGAAGCACAAAGAAACGAUAUUUGUUGUUCGUCGAGACUUGGCGUAUGAUACCUACCUAG